UAUUAGUAUGGCAAGAAGAAUUCUGAAAAGCGUAGUAGAGCCAGUGAAGAAAUGAAGUUUUGUGCACUUUUUUGUGACGCUGUUCACAGUUUCAGCCUGCCAUAAACUCCCAUUCUCACGAAAGCCGAGGCUUCCACUCUUUCUCUCUUUCGAUUAGCUUCGGAUCCGAAGCAACCAACGACGCCGUUUCGGCUUCUCUUCUUCGUCUUCUUCACAAUUCCUAUUCCGAUCCCUCAUCGCUUCUCUCUAAUUCGCCGCCGAUUAUAUUUUUCCGAUGGCGACUGAGCAGUUAAUGUCCGACGGCGGCGCCCACCGUUACUUCCCUAUGAAACCGGAGCAGCCGCCGUCUCCUCCGGCGGCGGCGGAAGAGAUGUCGUCUGUUCCGUCUUUCCGACAUGGAGGCGCCGGCGAGGCUACUCGGAUUUUCGACGAACUUCCCAAGGCCACCAUCGUCUCCGUCUCUCGCCCUGACGCCAGCGACAUAAGCCCUAUGCAGCUCUCUUACACCAUUCGGUUUCAGUACAAACAGUUCAAGUGGGAGCUAGUGAAGAAAGCUUCUCAAGUAUUUUAUUUGCAUUUUGCGUUAAAGAAGCGUGCCUUUUUUGAGGAAAUUCAUGAGAAGCAAGAACAGGUUAAAGAAUGGCUUCAAAAUCUAGGAAUAGGAGAGCACACUACUAUGGUGCAUGAUGACGAUGAAGCUGAUGAUGAAACAUUUGCUUCACAUGCUGAUGAAUAUGCAAAAAACAGAGAUGUUCCAUCUAGUGCUGCUCUACCAAUUAUACGACCAGCCUUAGGUAGGCAGCAGUCUGUGUCAGACAGGGCAAAGAGUGCAAUGCAAGGAUAUCUGAAUCACUUUUUGGGAAAUAUCAGUAUUGUUAACUCUCCAGAGGUCUGCAAGUUUUUAGAGGUAUCGAAGCUAUCUUUUUUGCCUGAAUAUGGACCUAAGCUGAAAGAAGAUUAUGUAAUGGUGAAACAUCUGCCCAAAAUUCCAAAGGAUGAUGAUUCCAGAAAGUGUUGUACAUCUAGCUGUUUUAGUUGUUGUAAUGACAACUGGCAAAAGGUAUGGGCUGUAUUGAAACCUGGAUUCUUGGCAUUGCUGGCAGAUCCUUUUGAUAAGCAGCCCUUAGACAUUAUUGUCUUUGAUGUGCUGCCUCCAUCGGAUGGGAAUGGGGAUGGUCGUCUGUCACUGGCUAGUGAAAUAAAGGAACGAAAUCCUUUACGCCAUUCAUUCAAGGUGACUUGCGGGAUCCGGAGCAUUAGAAUUAGAGGGAAAAGUAGCAGUAAAGUUAAAGAUUGGGUAGCAGCAAUUAAUGAUGCUGGACUUAGGCCUCCUGAAGGCUGGUGUUAUCCUCACCGCUAUGGGUCAUUUGCUCCUCCAAGAGGCUUAAUUGAAGAUGGUAGUCAAGCCCAAUGGUUCGUGGAUGGGCAAGCAGCAUUUGAUGCAAUUGCUUCUUCAAUUGAGGAUGCAAGAUCAGAGAUAUUCAUCUGUGGAUGGUGGGUAUGCCCAGAACUGUAUCUCAGGCGACCUUUUGACAUUCAUGCUUCAUCAAGACUUGAUAAUUUGUUGGAAGCAAAGGCUAAGCAAGGGGUUCAGAUCUACAUUCUUCUGUACAAAGAGGUGGCUCUUGCUUUGAAAAUCAACAGUGUCUAUAGCAAGAGAAAGCUUCUUAGCAUUCAUGAGAACGUGAGGGUACUACGCUAUCCUGAUCACUUUUCUUCUGGUGUUUAUCUAUGGUCUCACCAUGAAAAACUGGUCAUUGUCGAUAACCAUAUUUGCUUCAUUGGAGGAUUGGAUUUGUGCUUUGGCCGUUAUGACUCAUCUGAGCAUAAAGUGGGGGAUUGCCCUCCUCUAAUCUGGCCUGGAAAGGACUUUUAUAACCCUAGGGAAUCUGAACCUAAUUCAUGGGAAGAUACAAUGAAAGAUGAAUUGGAUCGUAGAAAUUAUCCUCGUAUGCCUUGGCAUGAUGUUCAUUGCGCCCUUUGGGGACCACCUUGUCGUGAUAUUGCUCGGCACUUUGUUCAAAGAUGGAAUUAUGCAAAGAGGAAUAAAGCUCCGUAUGAGGAAGCAAUACCUUUACUUAUGCCUCAGCAUCAUAUGGUUAUUCCACAUUACUUGGGAAGAAGCACUGAGAUGGAGAUUGAAAACAAUAAUGCUGAGAAUCAUAGAGUCAUCAAGAGAGAAGAUUCAUUUUCUUCAUUAUCCCAAGAACAAGAUGUUCCUCUACUUUUGACUCGUGAUGAGUCUGAAGGAGACCCCAAAAUGAACGGGUUAAACUCAUUCAUACAUCACGUUGAUAAGCCAAUAAAGGUCGGUGGUGGUCUUCCUUUCUCUUUUCGGAGGGUGAAAAUUGAAGCUGUUGGUCAAGACACCCCAAUGAAGGGCUUUGUAGAUGAUCUUGGAUAUAUGCAUUAUGAUGAGAAAAAGUCUCUGGAUAGAGUGCCUCAUGUUGAGCAACAAAGUACUGGUCCAGAAUGGUGGGAAACACAAGAGCGUGGUGAUCAGGGAGAUUUUGCAGAUGAAUCAGGGCAAGUUGGCCCUCGUGUUUCCUGCCGUUGUCAGGUUAUUAGGAGCGUCAGUCAAUGGUCUGCUGGAACAAGCCAAACGGAAGAGAGCAUACACAAUGCCUAUUGCUCUCUUAUUGAAAAAGCAGAACACUUCAUCUACAUUGAGAAUCAAUUUUUUAUCUCAGGUCUUUCUGGAGAUGAAAUGAUUCGGAACCGUGUUUUGGAAGCUUUGUAUCGACGGAUUAUGCUAGCAUACAAUGAAAAUAAAUCCUUUCGGGUUAUCAUUGUCAUACCUCUCCUACCUGGCUUCCAGGGGGGUCUUGAUGAUAGUGGUGCAGCAUCUGUGAGAGCAAUAAUGCACUGGCAGUAUCGAACCAUUUGUAGAGGGCAGAAUUCUAUAUUACAUAAUCUUUAUGAACUUCUUGGUUCAAAAAUACAUGACUACAUCUCUUUUUUUGGCUUGAGGUCUUAUGGUAGACUUUUUGACGGUGGUCCUGUAGCAACCAGCCAGGUGUAUGUUCACAGUAAAAUCAUGAUUGUUGAUGAUCGCAUAAGUUUGAUUGGAUCUGCUAAUAUUAAUGAUAGGAGCCUGCUUGGAUCUAGAGAUUCUGAGAUUGGAGUAGUUAUAGAAGACAGAGAGCUCAUUGGUUCUUAUAUGGAUGGAAAGCCUUGGAAAGCAGGAAAGUUCUCCUUGACUCUCCGUUUGUCAUUAUGGUCUGAGCACUUGGGUCUACCAGCAGGAGAGGUCAAUCAAAUAAUGGACCCGAUUAUUGAAUCAUCUUACAAAGAUAUUUGGAUGGCAGCAGCAAAGACAAAUACUGCAAUUUACCAGGAUGUCUUUUCUUGUGUACCUAAUGAUCUAAUCCACACCAGACUUGCUUUCAGACAGAGUGUAGCCUUUUGGAAAGAAAGAAUUGGUCACACAACCAUUGAUUUAGGAAUAGCGCCGCAAAAAUUAGAAUCCUAUCAUGAUGGAGAUAUCAAGAGCACUGAUCCAUUGGAGAGAUUAGCAUCAGUGAGGGGUCAUCUUGUUUCUUUUCCUUUGGAGUUCAUGUGCCAAGAAAGUCUAAGACCUGGUUUCAGUGAAAGCGAAUAUUACGCCGCUGCUCAAGUUUUCCACUGAGUAACACGUGUUCAUAUAUUAAAACAUCGUUGAGUACAGUUUUUUUUUUUCAUUCGAUUUUUAUUUUUUUCUCCCCGCAGGAUUUGCACUAUAUUAUUUGCAGAAUGCCUUUUUUUUAUUCCAAUUCUGCAAUGGAAGGGGGAAGAUCCAACGAUAUAUUGUAAAGAAUGUAAAUUGUAACUUCGUUGUAAAGAAAUAUUAUUCAGUUUUAUUUUUACAGGAAAGAAUAUCAGAAAGAAAGAAAAAAACACCUUACUUCAAAAUGUAUACACAAUGUCUCUGGUGUUAAUAAAGAACUCUAAAGAAAAUCCGUUCUGCGUUUCAA